AUGGUCACUGGUCUCUGGUCGCAAGACGAACAUGCGAAAUUUCUGCUUGCUAUCAAACUCUACCCUCAAGGUCCGUGGCGAAAUGUCGCAGCGUACGUGGGCACACGAUCAGUUCGUCAAGUGCAAACGCACGCCCAAAAGUACCAUGAAAAGGUGGUGCGACGCAUGCGGGGACUGCAUAAAGGUCGUCACUAUUCCGGUCGCAAAGAGCACCGCAUUGACGAUGAUAUGCUCGCUGCGUGCAAAGUGGGCGAAGGUUUCGGUAUCAUCGUACCCAAGCCCAUUUUUGAAACUUCUGCUUCACUGCAGCAAUACCCGGUUCAACCCGUGAUUGACUCGGUGGAAUUCAGCUUCCCACUUGUGCGGGCCCCUACAUCUGGUUCAACAAGUCCCAGUGGGGUGGAUUCCAACGGCAUUGCAGACGUGAUUUUUCAGAGACCAACUCCAUUCGGCACUUGUUGCUGGCUCCCGACAAUCGACGAGUCCCUUGACUUCCUGAUUGAUUGCUUACUUGUCUAA